AACCUAAAUGCUCUUAAACAAAAGAAAGUCCCAAAAGAACAAGUGAAAAAGAAAAACAAUAUGAACACGGUCUUAACGAAACGAUCGUGUUUUAAAACAAAAAUCAAGUCCUACGGACUAUUCGAAUCCAGGUCAUCGUUAUCGUCUUCGUCUACCACUCCUCAAAAAUACGACGUCUUUUUGAGCUUCAGAGGCGCAGAUACUCGCAAGAACUUCGUGAGUUUUCUGCACAAGCACUUAGAGGCCAAAGGCAUUCGAACUUUCAAAGACGACAACUCACUGGUGUGUGGCCGUCAGAUUGCACCAGUGAUUGACCAAGCCAUCAAAGGGACGAGAAUCGCCGUUGUGGUGGUCUCUCCGACUUAUCCAGCUUCCAACUGGUGUCUUGAGGAGCUCCUGACGAUUUUGAAACAAGAGGAAGAAAAAUUACUCACCGUGGUGCCUAUUUUCUACGAGGUUGAACCUAAUGACCUGAAGAGACAGACGGGAAAAUUGGUGAAGCAGUUCAAGAAACACGAGAAGAGACAUAGCAUACAGAGAGUCAACUCGUGGAGGGAUGCGUUGACCAGACUGGCUACUCUCUCCGGCGUUUGUUCAAAGAAUUCGGAUGAUGAGGCGACGCUGGUCGAUAAAAUUACUGAGUUAGUAUCAAAGAUGUUGUCCAGUAACGUAAUUAGUGUCGACGAGCACAUGAAGAGAUUGUAUCCGUUACUUGAUCUAAAUUCAAAUGAAGGUGUUCAAGUAAGUGGGAUUUGGGGAAGAGGAAACAAGGGAAGAUCAGCACUGGCGAGACACGUUUACCAAAAAAUAUCAACCAACUUUGACGCUCAUUGUUUUCUCGAAGACUUGAGAAGUACCUCCCUCUUUCUACAAGAAGCGCUUCUUUCCAAUAUGAAAGGGGAAGGCUUAAGCACAAGGAGCUCUCACAUGUGUUUGGACGCGAUCAAAGCAAGGCUCUGGAACAAGAAGAUUCUGCUAGUGGCUAACCACGUGGACAACAUCGAAAAGUUAGAUGCGCUUGCUGAUGAAUUUGGUUGGUUUGGUCCAGGGAGUAGAAUCAUCAUAACCACACAAGAUAAGCAAUUGCUUAUUUCGUCGAAUGUGAAGAGUGUCUACGAAGUCGAGCACUUGAGAUGCUGUGAUGUUGGUACGCUCUGGAGGUCUGAAGCCUUCAAGCAGAAAUAAGAUCCUCUGAGUUUCGACGGGUCCAUGAAUCUUCCUGGUAUUAAUCUAAUUUCUGUUCCUCUGAAAUAUUUAUUUGAUUAUUUAAUUUGAGUGAUGGAGAUCAGCUUAAUGCAAUAAUAUAUAGUCUUUAGGUUCAUUAAAAAGGAAAAGGCAAAGCCUUUAUAGACACAAAGUACCUUAUCUUAAAUGAUGUAACGCCAUCAUUUGGAUCUGGAUUUACCAGUUUUUAUGUAAUACUGUUUUUUUUUCCUCACAAUGUAAUACUGUUCUUUCUUAUAAGGAAUAAAAAGAUACACCAUCUUCUUGAAGCUUUGUCUGUAACUUUGGUGAUUCGACAUGUUUAACUUUAUAGAGAAUUCAAUGAUAUUUACAUUGGUCAGAGCCUUAGAACAUCAACAAUGAUAGAGAUUAUUUCUGGAAGAAAAUUGAAGUC